AUGGAAGCCAGCAUGGAUGAAGCAGCAAAGCUUCAGCUCCAAGGACAAGCCCAUGUAUGGAAACACAUUUUCAGCUAUGUGAAUUCCAUGGCACUAAAAUGUUCGGUGGAGCUCCAAAUUCCCGAUAUCUUACACUCUCACAAUCGACCUUUAUCCCUCUCUGAAAUUUCAUCCAGAAUCACCAAUUCUUCAUCUCCCAAUGUCCUCCCUUACCUCUCUCGAAUCAUGCGAUUAUUAGUCCACAGCCAAAUAUUCACUUCCACAAUUUCGUCCGGCUCCGUGCUCUACGGCCCAACUCCGGCCUCAAGCUGGCUCGUAACCGGGUCCACCGAGUUAAGCUUAGGUCCAUUUGUGUUGAUGAAUCUUCAUCCACGGUCUAUUAGUCCAAGGCACCGGCUAAGUGGUUGCGUGAGGGAAGGUGGGACGAUUCCAUUUGAAAACGAACAUGGAUUUAAUGUGUGGGAUUUUGCAGCCACAAACCCGGAAUUCAAUAAGGUUUUUAAUGAUGGAAUUGUCGUGCACUGGGAAAAUAACAAUGCAUGCAAUCCUUUAUGCGCUCAAAAAGGCAUCAAUUUCGAUUUGCCCCAUGUCAUUGCAACGGCACCGGAACACGUCGGAGUGUCCCAUGUUGGCGGCGUGUUUAAGGAGGUCCCUACUGCCAAAGCUGUCUUCAUGAAGUGGGUCUUGCAUAUAUGGGACGAUGAAGAUUGCGUGAAAAUCCUUAAAAACUGUAGAAAAGCAAUCUCCGAGAAAAUAGGAAAAGUAAUCAUCGUUGAGGUGGUAUUGAAUCCUGAGGGCGAUGAGGUGUGGGGCAGCAGUGGAAUGGAAUUAGAUUUGGUAAUGAUGACUGGUACAUUUCGGAAGGAGAGGACAGAAUCUGAAUGGAAAGCACUCGUUGAGAAAGGAGGUUUUCCUCGCUACAAAAUUACUAAGAUUCCAGCUUUGUACUCAAUCAUAGAAGCAUAUCCUCGUUAG